UGUUAUCUCUGCCACCACAGGUGAAGUCUGCACUGAUGGCGGAGGCGCGAGAGGAGUGCAGGAGGACUUUCGAAGGGGAGCGCAUGCGACUGCAGCAGGAGAUCUCCGAGCUGAAGUUGGUCAAGAGGCAGAUGGAGGAGGCCUUAAGCGUGGCCGUUCAAGCCGACAAGAUCAAAGCCGCCGAGAUCCGCAGCAUCUACCAUCUCAACCAGGAGGAAAUAAACCGCAUCAAGAGAGAGUGUGAAAGAGAGAUCCGCAGACUGAUGGAUGAGAUUAAACUAAAGGAGCGCGCUGUCUGUGGGCUGGAGAGAGAGCUCAGCGCUCAGGCGGGCCACACGUGGAAACUACAGCAGCAGAAACAGGCUGUAGACACUCAGCUGGCCCUGCUGCGAGACUCCAGCCCCAGACGAGAGGGCCCUUAUUCACCCGCUGCAGGGGACGCAGCAGAGAACACAGCUAACCCUAUGCAGCAGUUGGAUGAGAAGGACGCUCGACGUUUCCAACUGAAAAUCGCAGAACUGAGUGCUAUUAUCCGCAAACUAGAAGUCCGCAAUGCACUGCUGUCAGAGGAACGCAAUGAACUGUUAAAGCGUCUCCGUGAAGCUGAGAGCCAGUAUAAGCCAUUACUAGACAAGAACAGACGUCUCAGCCACAAGAAUGAGGAGCUGGCUCAUGCAUUGAGACGCAUGGAGAACAAACUGCACUUUGUCACUCAGGAGAACAUCGAAAUGCGAGAGAAGGCUGGGACGAUUCGCCGGCCCAGUUCUCUGAACGAUCUGGAUCAGAGUCAAGAAGAAAGAGAAAUUGAGUUUCUCAGACUACAAGUGCUGGAGCAACAGAACAUAAUCGACGAACUGUCCAAGGCGCUGGAAACCGCUGGAUACGUGAAGAGUGUGAUAGAGAGAGACAUGCUGCUGAGAUACAGGAGACAGGACAGCCUACGCAGGAAGAAGCCCUUCAGAACCUGUAGGCCGGUGGUGGAGACGUUUUUUGGCUAUGAUGAGGAAGGCUCUAUAGACUCGGACGGCUCCUCUAUUUCCUACCACACAGACCGAACGCCCUGCACGCCAGACGAUGACCUCGAAGAUGGAAUGCUUAAGGAGGAGACAGAGCUGCGCUUCCGUCAGCUGACGAUGGAGUAUCAGGCUCUUCAGCGAGCUUACGCGCUCUUGCAGGAGCAGGUGGGAGGAACGUUUGAUGCAGAGAAAGAGGUCAAGACUCGAGAGCAGCUUCAGGCCGAACUGAUCCGGUACCAGACCAGAAUAGCAGAUCUGGAGUGUGUUCUAAGUCAUCAGGGACAGGAUAUGAAGUGGAUUGAGGAGAAACAAGCUUUGUAUAAACGCAACCAAGAGCUUGUAGAAAAGAUUAAAAAUAUGGAGACGGAGGAGACGCGACUGAAAAAUGAAAUUCAGGAUGCGAAAGACCAAAACGAACUCCUGGAGUUCAGAAUUCUUGAACUUGAAGAAAGAGAGAGAAGAUCUCCAGCCAUUAACUUCCAGAACAUCCACUUUGCUGAGGGCAUGAGUCCCCUGCAGUUGUACUGUGAGGCAGAGGGUGUUACUGACAUUGUGAUCACAGAGCUGAUGAAGAAACUGGAUAUUCUGGGGGAUAACGCCGUAAGUAAUCUGACCAACGAGGAGCAAGUUGUGGUUAUUCAUGCCAGAACAGUAUUAACAUUAGCUGAGAAGUGGUUAGAGCAAAUUGAAGUCACCAAAUCAGCAUUACAGCAGAAAAUGUUGGACAUCGAAAGUGAAAAGGAGCUCUUUAGCAAACAAAAAGGCUAUUUAGACGAGGAAUUAGACUACAGAAAGCAGUCUUUGGACCAUGCACAUAAGCGCAUCCUUGAGUUGGAGGCGAUGCUGUUUGACGCUUUGCAGCAGGAGGAGACGGGUGGGAAGCUGUCCGAGCUGCUGAGCGAGCAGGACCGUGAUUCGCUGAGAGAGGCUGUGGAUCAGUGGAAGAGGCAGGUCUUGAGUGAAUUACGAGAGAGAGAUGCACAGAUACUCAGAGAGAGGAUGGAACUGCUACAACAUGCUCAAGCGAGGAUAAAAGAGCUGGAAGAAUGGAUAGAGGCUCAGAAGCGACAGAUAAAGGAACUAGAAGAAAAGCCUUCAUUCUUUGGUCGUAGCUCUUCCAGAAAGCAGGAAACGGUGCCAUGCAGCUCAGUGGACUCCGCUCACAGGCCUCAAGUGUCCUUCUGUACCAGAGGAGGGUGACACACGUCAUCAGGGGUCCCAGCCAUCUCUUCU